AUGAUCGCACUGGUUCGCCCGAUACGCGAGAUUCGGGAAGCCUUAAACAAAGCAAAGCCUGGCCUUCUGCUCACCGGAGCCGUUGCUGCUGUUGAGGAUAUUAUACGAAAUAGCUACGAUAUUAAAUCGAUUUCUGGGUUCUACGAUUAUAUUUUCCUGCUGUCCUUCGAUCUACACGGCUACUGGGAAUCAACCACAGAUAUGCAUGCGAAACUGCAUGAAAAGAGCGGUAGUGGCAAAAACAACACUGAGCAUGCAGCAAAAGUGUGGCUGGAUGGAGGGAUGCCAAAAAGCAAAAUUGUUAUUGGAAUUCCGACUUACGGUAGAGCAUAUCACCUCACAUCAUCGGCGAACGGUCUUGGUGCCAGCGCAAAUGGUCUCGCAGACCCUACUGAGAAUUUUGAUAUUGCAGUGCCGUACGAGGAGGUUAGUCUGCCGCUGUCAAGUUCGCUUUCUAAAAGGAAAAUUGUCUAUAAAACGCCACUGCAAUAA